GCUAAAAUGAGUUUCUGCCCCUUUAAGAAGUUGAGCUGUCCAGCACAGCUGGGAUUUCAACACGGACAGAUAGCGCAAUGAAGAGCAGCGUCGACCCGUCAUCAUGUGCACCGGGCUUUCGAGGACUGCCUGUCCGCUGCGACUUUUUGCCCUCUGCAUCCUUCUUUCCCACGCAGCAGCCUAUUUCGGCCUUACAGGUCGCGAGCCACUGGUCUUUCUGCCCGGUCCUUUUGCCAACGAGUCUCCGAACGGUAAAGCGCACCUGAAGCAAUGCGAGCAGAUGACUUUGACGCGCCGGCAAAAGCGCUUGUGCCGGCGAGAACCGGGGCUGGCGGAGACUCUGAGGGAAUCUGUCCGCCUCAGCCUCCUGGAGUGCCGCUAUCAGUUCCGCAACGAGCGCUGGAACUGCAGUAUGGAUGGCCGUGGAAGCCUUUUAAAACGAGGUUUUAAAGAGACGGCCUUCCUGCUCGCGGUGUCAUCAGCAGCGUUGUCUCACGCGCUGGCCAAAGCGUGCAGCUCGGGGCGCAUGGAGCGCUGCACCUGCGACGAUUCUCCUGGUCUGCAGCACCGCGAGGCCUGGCAGUGGGGCGUAUGCGGGGACAACCUCAAAUACAGCACUAAGUUUCUCAAGAAAUUCUUGGGGCAAAAACGGGUCAGCAAGGACCUGCGUGCCCAAAUCGACGCUCACAACAUUAACGUCGGCAUCCGGGCGGUGAAGAGUGGUCUUAAGACUACUUGUAAGUGUCACGGUGUCUCCGGUUCUUGUGCUGUGAGAACAUGCUGGAAGCAGCUCUCCCCGUUUCAAGACACAGGCCAUCUGCUGAAGUAUCGCUAUGACACGGCCAUUCGAGUGCAUAGUGUUACCAACUCUGCCACUGGAGAGACCGAGCUGGCCAGCCCACGGCGCCACAGCAACACAGGUCCCCGUCUGCGGCCCACCGAGCUGGUAUUUCUGGAGGAGUCGCCCAGCUUUUGCAGGCCAUCGCGCUACUCCCCCGGGACGGCUGGCAGAACGUGUUCAAAGGACACCAGCUGCAGCAGCCUGUGCUGUGGACGGGGCUACAACACGGCCCUCCACCUCACCACCCUCUCCUGCCACUGCCAGGUCCGCUGGUGCUGUCACGUCGAGUGUCAAACCUGCCUCCAAGAGGAAGAGGUCUACACCUGCAAGAAACACUGAUAGCAAAGAAGGAGACCGAGAAGACAAUGUGGAAAUGGAAGAAGGCUGAGGAUUGUUAAUGCGUCGGCUAGACAACUAGUAGAGUUGUGAGAGGUUUUGAGGUUGUGAUAAGGAAAAAGAUCUGCCAGUCUUACCUGCUUUAGUUGUGAUUCACUUUCUUAAACUCUGGGCUCCCACAUGGAGUUCUGAACAAACGUUCAGGAGGAACGUGGUCAUUUAAUACGACCAAUCAGUGCCUGAACAAGCAUUUAUAAGUGCCUUUGACAGUUCCUCCACCACCCCAGCUCAACCUUUGAGGAAAUCUUACUUUUGUUCUUCAGCUCAAACCCUUUAACAUGGACAGCAAGCAAAAUAUGUAUACCCUCUCUUCAUUAAAGAUUAAACAGACCCGUUAACUCAUGCCACAAGUGUGGGCAAACCUGGCCAUGGGUCCCAGGGCAUUUGUGAGAUGCUUAGAUUCAAAUGAGCUUUUCUGCUGUCAAGGAAACUAAAUGGGACGUUUCAUAUGUUUCCUAGUUUAGUGGAGAUUUGAAUUGAACCAGGCCACUUUUUUCUUCUGCAGCAAUAAACCAACUUCACUGGGAGGUUGCCUGUUGAGUGGUCUGUGUUGAUCACACACUGAUGGCAAUGUACUAGAGAUCUGCCUAGAUCCGUGUAGUUAUACUCAAACUGAUAGUGAGGAAGUGAGACGGCGGUCUGCUCAAUUAUAUUUCUGACUGCUUGUACUGUAUAUCUCUCUAUUGCUCUGAGAGUCCACAUAUGAGUAUGAGGCACUUAUGAAUGCAUUUAUUUGUGAAUAUUAUGAUAGUCUUUUAUAUGUAGUGAAGAAAGUACUUAUGUCUGUUAUGGUAUUCACAGUUAUAAUGCUUAACAAAGAUAUAUUACAAAUUGGGAGGGUGGGGGGUGGUAAUGCUGAUAAACUGGAAAUCUACUGGGACACUGUCUACUUUUAUAGACUCUUCUAAUGAAUGUUAAAGAAAGUUAUAUAAUCAGAAAUAUUUUGCUUUAGAUAUUGAAUGGCCACUAAAUUGCUGUAUCUGGUAAUAGAUAGGAAUGUAUUUAUUGCAAUUCGAUAAAACUGACCACCUGCCGCACCCGCUUCAAGUACACUUACUGGUGUAUUCCAGACUGCAUUCACAAAUCUACACCCUUUUAUUUAUAUUUGUCAUAUUGCUGCAUGAUUUCCAGCUUUGACUGUGUAGAAGUAUGGCAAAAGCAUUAGGGAUCAGACAGAACAAAGUGUGUCAUUAGAGCAUGACCCGAACAUCACCUCUCCCUACAGCUGCAUAUACUGUGUGCACACAUCUGGGCUUCUGAGUAUGUAGUCUUUAUUCUACGGUUUCACAUCAAGGGCAAUGAGAGUGAGUAUGUACCAUCCAGAACAAAGGAAAACAUCUCCUUUCCUAGUAAGCAAGGUUCUCUGGUCUAUAAAUUCUAUAAGCCCUUUCAUGUGUAUGAAGCCUUUGAUAAAGCCCAUUCCAGUCCCCCAUUAGCCCAUUACCAAUCAGAGCAAAUAACAGCGCUUUUUCUUCAGAAUUUGCUGAAAGCAGAAAGAGUUGAAAGUAGGUGUGCUGGAUUCCCAAUGGAGGCCUUUGUUACAGGGAUAUUUAAUAUUUUUUGUUAUGUAAUGUUUUGUUAAUUUUAGCUUUAUUUUUUAUAUUGUAUUAAUUUGGCUGUUUUUAAGCUCAAUUUUUGUUUGUUUUACAGUUCUUAGCUGUUAUUUGUUUUGUUUUGACCAAAUGCGAGUGGAAUUGUUGAAAAUUAGUUGUGUAGGUGCACUGCACAUAAAGGCACAUUUUAACUCAGACACAAAGUAUUACUCAUAAAUAUUUUCUGUUAAAAUAAACAUAACAUGCAUUUAUUCACUUAACAACUGAAACUCAAAUUUAAAGUAUGAGAAUGUGAGCGUGUACGUGCCUAUUUCUGUGUGUGCGUGUGUGUGUGUGCAUGGUGAUUCUGGGAAGGCAGAAAACUGCAGUAAAAUUGGCCACAUCAAUCAAGUGAAAGAAAGUCCAAGCAUUCAGUGACAUGCCAUUCAGCUGAAGCAUUUGUAAUGUCUAAAACGUUUGCUUCAAGAGGGUUUCACUCAGACUCAUUUGAAGUUCAUAUGCAUGAUAUGAAAGCUUUGUCCUGGAAUCGAUUCAGUUUCUAUGAAAGAGACUUUACUGAAGAAAGAGAGUUCUCACACUGAGUCAGCACAUGCAAAUAUCUGAAACCCCAACAGUGGCUGUGAAAAUCCAAAUGAGAUUGUUUCCUACAUCUGAGUGGAUGUGUGUGGAUGUGAGCGUGUUUCUCUGCUGCAUCUGAUGAAAUGGUAACAUUUAUAGCACAGAUAUCCGUAAUGAACCCUCUGUCAACCUGUGGGUUAUGGAGUCUAUGUGUUUGUUUGUGUUGUCAUAGCUUUAACAGUGUAAUGUUUCACUUUGUGAUUUCAUGCCGGGGAUUUUUUUCUACUACCUCACCCGGUCUAUGGGGGAAAUGAAAUACUAAGAUGUUUUUUCUUACUAGAUAUUUAAGACAAUGCUUCUUUUAAAAGUUUUAGCCUGAAAUACAGAUGCAUUUACUAUACAUUUCUUUUUAAAAACUUUUGUGAACUAUUUCCUUAUUUAAGAACCAAUUUAUCAUAUUCAAAUAAAAUACUACAUUUGUAAAAA